AUGUCUGCUCGAAAAGCCUCUUCUAUUCGCUCGGGUUACCGUGCUGCAAAUGCUCGCUCAACCCAAGCCGAUCUUACUGCCAUCAUCUCCUCCGCUCCUCAAGCUGAUCAGGCAAAUCGUGAUCUGGGCAAUCCAUCUCUCCCAGACGUCCGUACCCAACAAUCUUUCGCAUACGGCUCUACCAAAACUCCUGCACUUCCUCGUCAGCUUGACCUUGAUCCUUAUAUGGAAUUGUCAGAAAUGGCCGACAACCUCGAUGACGGUUUGCGUCAAGCUCAGGGCCGCAAUCUUACCGGUGCUGAAGAACCUGCUCGUUCUAGUCCCGAAAGACGCCAGACUCGCUCUAUGAGUGCAUCCGUUCGCUCUAGCAUGUCACCAGCUCCUGAACCUGCCGCACGUAGGGCUGCGGUUCGCAACAUCCACCCCCCCAGAACUACAUCUCGCAGAGACGCCUCGCGCCAACAAACCCCUGAACAGCAACUCCUUGAGACUCUCCGCGAAGCAUCUGAAGAAGCUGAAACAGUUACCAAAGAAGAACCUGAAGCUGAGGAAGAAUCAGUCUUCGGGACUCCUCAUACCCCUUUCUUCAACGAAUCGUCCAGUGUCAGCUGGACCACAGAGCGUCUUAUCCACGGCAACCCGCCGCAAGAUAGCAAUGCUGGAACUCGUCCAAACUUCUUUCGUGGACAUCCGUAUGGCUCCCGCCCUUCCCAUUUGCAGGGACAAACCGGCCUGAGCGUACCUCCCACUCGUGUCCCCGUGUUUGCAGAUGUACCUCGCGUUAUCCCUAGCAUCCAACCAACUACUCCUCCCGCUAUGCGAGCUCGUGCCAUCGCAAAUGUUGGUAGAACACUCCCGCCUGUUCCUGCUUUUAGUCUGGGAAAUAAAUAUGAAAUUAGAUCUGCCUCCGGAUCAUCCAACUCUUCUGCCUCAUCUUCUUCAAAGCACACCCCAGGUUCAUCCACACAUUCCUCUCCUGCCGUUGCCACUGCGACGCCUACUGGGAUCAUUUCUACCCACAGUCAGCGCGGUCGAGGAAUUGCCAAGAAUCCAACCGGUAUCCUUGUAACACUCGGUCUUAUUCUCAUGGCACUCCUCACGCAUCUCUGCAGAGAUCGCGCCUGCUCACUCCCUCAGAUGUCUGGGUAUUUUUGCAGUCGCCUGCCCACGUCCGACAACAACUCAACGACCAUGUACGCCGACGCUUUCAACAAGCUGACAUACCAAAUCGAUCAACAACUUGCAGUCAUGGCAAAGGACGUGGCCACUCUAAAAAACGAGUGGAACAAGCGGCUGCCGCAUCUGAAGGAAGCCCUCAGCAGGUCUCCAGCGGCAAUGGACCCUCUGGCAUUUCCAAAAGUCAAUUUUGCCUCUGUUGGCAUGGGGGCAGUGGUUGAUCCGUACAUUACCAGCCCAACAAUGGAUACAUUAUCUGGUUUGGCUGGCCGGAUCGGCCACUACCUCGCCAAGGUACCCUGGGGCUUACCCCCCGUGGCUGCACUCCAACCUUGGGACGGUUCCCUGAAGAUGUGGUCAUUGAGCACAUCCCUAAGGGGGGCAACAUUGGACGCCGGUGCCGCACCACGGGAGAUGGAGCUGUGGGCCCAGUACACGGCCCGUCCGCCUUCUUCAUCCUCCCCCCCGGGCUCUAGCUCUUCAUCCCCCCCUCCCCCUUCGUCUGCGUCAUCUCCCCGGGAACCACCAUCCUCCCUCCCUUCAUCUUCACUGGGCUCCUCCUCCCCACGUGCUGCUCCCCAUUUCCGAUCCCCUCCCUCCCCCGCCUCUCCCUCCCAAUCCCCCCAUCACUUGUCCUUCUCCUCCCUACGGGACAUCAUCCUCACCACCCUUCGGCAGGUGUAUCCGAAUGAGCCGGUAUCGGCUUAUUCGGACGACGCGCUCCUCGGACCGUCCUUCUUCCGCCUCGGCCGGUGGCAAUACAACAUCGAUGGCAGACAUCACAUCCAGCGUUUUAACCUGGAUGCUGUCAUCGACAUGCCCGCCGUACGUGUGCAGAAGGUUGUGUUCCGCGUUAAGUCAAACUGGGGCGCGGCGCAUACAUGUCUCUAUCGUGUGAGACUGCAUGGACACAUAUAG